AUGUUUUUGACACGGCGCUGGGUGAACUGCAAAUUUGCAGUACACAACCUUCGGGUAUGUAAGGUAGAUAUGAACCUGGAAGAGAAUGAUGUGGAUGAAAGUGACUUCGAAGCCAUGUGCGGCAUGAAGAAAUCCUCAUUGCUCAGUGAUUGGCCUAUGCAGGAUGGAGAUCAGUCGAGUCGCUUUGUAACUCCUGAUGAGGAGUGGGUUGCAAUGAAGAAAGCGAAUGGAAAUUCGGUUGAUGAUUGGCCGGGGAUGAGUAGCGCAACGAAAAACGAACAAACUUCCGACUUCCAAGUGCAAUGGGAUCAGGCGCCAGUUGCGAGCACAGCCGAAGCUUGGUCCUGUUCUCCACAAGAUAGCAGCACGCCAAGGAAAGUCAUGAAGGAUGACGAAUGGGCAGAUUUUUCGACACUGAAGACGGAGCCUAAUAUUUCCUCAGACACUUUCAACGAUUGGCCGGGUGUCAAAAACGAGCAGAGUGUCGACUGGCCAGGCUCCGGGAAACCUGAGGCUGUAGAUCCUGUGCUGGCUGGAUUCGCAACUGUUGUUAUGAAUUCUUCGUUGGACGAACGUGUUGCUAAUGAUAGCGAAUGCUAG